AUGAGUAGUCAAGUGCCGUUUGCUGUCCAUCAAGUAAGAUGUAAGUUAGCAUGCCCAGCUGUACAACAGGUUAAGCUCAAAACAGGGUUGAAAAUGUGCAUACAGAGGCUGAGGUAUGCGCAAGAGAAGCAGCAGUCAUUAGCCAAAAAAUCUCGUCGAGAUGUGGCCCUCCUGCUGAGCGAAGGAAAAGAGUUGAAAGCGCACUACAGGAUCGAAACUUUGAUCAAUGAAGACGUACACGAAGAGCUAUUGGAUAUAUUGGAACUUUACUGCGAAUUACUGCAUGCCAGAAUAGCUCUGGUCAACAAUGUAUCAGAUGAGGCGGAUUUGAUUGAGAAUCAUGUUGAAGACGGCAUAAAUGAAGCCGUUAGAGCUGUUGUUUACGCUGUUCUACAUGCACCUGAGAUUAAAGAGCUGCAGCAAGUCAGAGACCUGUUGACGUUUAAAUUUGGGCAAGAUUUCUAUCGAGCAAUAGUGGAAGAGAAGGUUGGCGUCCCUGAAAAGGUUUUGAAAAAGUGCAGUCCUAACCUUCCCGGUGAGGAAUUGGUUGUCCUGUAUCUACGAGAAAUUGCAGCAGCUUACGAGGUGCCCUAUAGUAAAAUUGAGUCGCCAGCUUUAGAAGAUGCAUCAGAAAAGGAAAGUGCCCCUUCGGCUGAAGAUUCUGGAUCCGAUGAUGGCAGGCCCAUCGUGGCUUUGGAUAGUGGCUCUGUACCGGAUAACAAACAUCCCAUAACGGUUCAAAAACCUCGCAAGAACAGUGACAACAUUGGUGUGGACUUGAAAGUUCCCCAGAGCAUCAAAAAAGACAUUAGAGUCAAGACGACCAAGGAAAAUGUGAAUGAUACGGACUUGGAUGAAUUGAAAAGCAGAUUUGCUGCUCUGCGCAGAUAG